AUGAGCCGUGAAGGGAGCGAGGACUGGUGGAAUGAGAGAGACACGGAGAAGCCAUGGGAGUUCCUCACAUGCCACCAUGCCUCACAUGCCACCAUGCCUCACAUGCCACCAUGCCCCACAUGCCACCAUGCCUCACAUGCCACCAUGCCUCACAUGCCACCAUGCCUCACAUGCCACCAUGCCCCACAUGCCACGAUGCCUCACAUGCCACCAUGCCUCACAUGCCACCAUGCCCCACAUGCCACCAUGCCCCACAUGCCACCAUGCCUCACAUGCCACCAUGCCUCACAUGCCACCAUGCCCCACAUGCCACCAUGCCCCACAUGCCACCAUGCCUCACAUGCCACCAUGCCUCACAUGCCACCAUGCCUCACAUGCCACCAUGCCCCACAUGCCACCAUGCCUCACAUGCCACCAUGCCUCACAUGCCACCAUGCCCCAGAUGCCACCAUGCCCCACAUGCCACCAUGCCCCACAUGCCACCAUGCCCCACAUGCCACCAUGCCCCACAUGCCACCAUGCCCCACAUGCCACCAUGCCCCACAUGCCACCAUGCCCCACAUGCCACCAUGCCUCACAUGCCACCAUGCCCCACAUGCCACCAUGCCCCACAUGCCACCAUGCCCCACAUGCCACCAUGCCUCACAUGCCACCAUGCCCCACAUGCCACCAUGCCUCACAUGCCACCAUGCCCCACAUGCCACCAUGCCCCACAUGCCACCAUGCCCCACAUGCCACCAUGCCCCACAUGCCACCAUGCCCCACAUGCCACCAUGCCCCACAUGCCACCAUGCCCCACAUGCCACCAUGCCCCACAUGCCACCAUGCCUCACAUGCCACCAUGCCCCACAUGCCACCAUGCCCCACAUGCCACCAUGCCUCACAUGCCACCAUGCCUCACAUGCCACCAUGCCCCAGAUGCCACCAUGCCCCACAUGCCACCAUGCCCCACAUGCCACCAUGCCCCACAUGCCACCAUGCCCCACAUGCCACCAUGCCCCACAUGCCACCAUGCCCCACAUGCCACCAUGCCCCACAUGCCACCAUGCCCCACAUGCCACCAUGCCCCACAUGCCACCAUGCCCCACAUGCCACCAUGCCCCACAUGCCACCAUGCCCCACAUGCCACCAUGCCCCACAUGCCACCAUGCCCCACAUGCCACCAUGCCCCACAUGCCACCAUGCCCCACAUGCCACCAUGCCUCACAUGCCACCAUGCCCCACAUGCCACCAUGCCCCACAUGCCACCAUGCCUCACAUGCCACCAUGCCCCACAUGCCACCAUGCCCCACAUGCCACCAUGCCUCACAUGCCACCAUGCCCCACAUGCCACCAUGCCUCACAUGCCACCAUGCCCCACAUGCCACCAUGCCCCACAUGCCACCAUGCCUCACAUGCCACCAUGCCCCACAUGCCACCAUGCCCCACAUGCCACCAUGCCUCACAUGCCACCAUGCCCCACAUGCCACCAUGCCCCACAUGCCACCAUGCCUCACAUGCCACCAUGCCCCACAUGCCACCAUGCCCCACAUGCCACCAUGCCCCACAUGCCACCAUGCCCCACAUGCCACCAUGCCCCACAUGCCACCAUGCCUCACAUGCCACCAUGCCCCACAUGCCACCAUGCCCCACAUGCCACCAUGCCCCACAUGCCACCAUGCCAAUGCACAUGCCCCACAUGCCACCAUGCCCCACAUGCCACCAUGCCCCACAUGCCACCAUGCCCCACAUGCCACCAUGCCCCACAUGCCACCAUGCCCCACAUGCCACCAUGCCCCACAUGCCACCAUGCCCCACAUGCCACCAUGCCCCACAUGCCACCAUGCCCCACAUGCCACCAUGCCUCACAUGCCACCAUGCCCCACAUGCCACCAUGCCCCACAUGCCACCAUGCCUCACAUGCCACCAUGCCCCACAUGCCACCAUGCCCCACAUGCCACCAUGCCUCACAUGCCACCAUGCCCCACAUGCCACCAUGCCCCACAUGCCACCAUGCCCCACAUGCCACCAUGCCCCACAUGCCACCAUGCCCCACAUGCCACCAUGCCUCACAUGCCACCAUGCCCCACAUGCCACCAUGCCCCACAUGCCACCAUGCCCCACAUGCCACCAUGCCUCACAUGCCACCAUGCCCCACAUGCCACCAUGCCCCACAUGCCACCAUGCCCCACAUGCCACCAUGCCCCACAUGCCACCAUGCCCCACAUGCCACCAUGCCCCACAUGCCACCAUGCCCCACAUGCCACCAUGCCCCACAUGCCACCAUGCCCCACAUGCCACCAUGCCUCACAUGCCACCAUGCCCCACAUGCCACCAUGCCCCACAUGCCACCAUGCCCCACAUGCCACCAUGCCCCACAUGCCACCAUGCCCCACAUGCCACCAUGCCCCACAUGCCACCAUGCCCCACAUGCCACCAUGCCCACAUGCCACCAUGCCCCACAUGCCACCAUGCCCCACAUGCCACCAUGCCCCACAUGCCACCAUGCCUCACAUGCCACCAUGCCCCACAUGCCACCAUGCCCCACAUGCCACCAUGCCCCACAUGCCACCAUGCCCCACAUGCCACCAUGCCCCACAUGCCACCAUGCCCCACAUGCCACCAUGCCCCACAUGCCACCAUGCCCCACAUGCCACCAUGCCCCACAUGCCACCAUGCCCCACAUGCCACCAUGCCCCACAUGCACCAUGCCACCAUGCCCCACAUGCCACCAUGCCCCACAUGCCACCAUGCCCCACAUGCCACCAUGCCCCACAUGCCACCAUGCCCCACAUGCCACCAUGCCCCACAUGCCACCAUGCCCCACAUGCCACCAUGCCUCACAUGCCACCAUGCCCCACAUGCCACCAUGCCCCACAUGCCACCAUGCCCCACAUGCCACCAUGCCCCACAUGCCACCAUGCCCCACAUGCCACCAUGCCCCACAUGCCACCAUGCCUCACAUGCCACCAUGCCCCACAUGCCACCAUGCCCCACAUGCCACCAUGCCCCACAUGCCACCAUGCCUCACAUGCCACCAUGCCCCACAUGCCACCAUGCCCCACAUGCCACCAUGCCUCACAUGCCACCAUGCCCCACAUGCCACCAUGCCCCACAUGCCACCAUGCCCCACAUGCCACCAUGCCCCACAUGCCACCAUGCCCCACAUGCCACCAUGCCUCACAUGCCACCAUGCCCCACAUGCCACCAUGCCCCCCCACAUGCCACCAUGCCCCACAUGCCACCAUGCCCCACAUGCCACCAUGCCCCACAUGCCACCAUGCCCCACAUGCCACCAUGCCCCACAUGCCACCAUGCCCCACAUGCCACCAUGCCCUCACAUGCCACCAUGCCCCACAUGCCACCAUGCCCCACAUGCCACCAUGCCCCACAUGCCACCAUGCCCCACAUGCCACCAUGCCCCACAUGCCACCAUGCCCCACAUGCCACCAUGCCCCACAUGCCACCAUGCCCCACAUGCCACCAUGCCUCACAUGCCACCAUGCCCCACAUGCCACCAUGCCCCACAUGCCACCAUGCCCCACAUGCCACCAUGCCCCACAUGCCACCAUGCCCCACAUGCCACCAUGCCCCACAUGCCACCAUGCCCCACAUGCCACCAUGCCCCACAUGCCACCAUGCCCCACAUGCCACCAUGCCCCACAUGCCACCAUGCCCCACAUGCCACCAUGCCUCACAUGCCACCAUGCCCCACAUGCCACCAUGCCACCAUGCCCCACAUGCCACCAUGCCCCACAUGCCACCAUGCCUCACAUGCCACCAUGCCCCACAUGCCACCAUGCCCCACAUGCCACCAUGCCCCACAUGCCACCAUGCCCCACAUGCCACCAUGCCCCACAUGCCACCAUGCCUCACAUGCCACCAUGCCCCACAUGCCACCAUGCCUCACAUGCCACCAUGCCCCACAUGCCACCAUGCCCCACAUGCCACCAUGCCCCACAUGCCACCAUGCCUCACAUGCCACCAUGCCCCACAUGCCACCAUGCCCCACAUGCCACCAUGCCCCACAUGCCACCAUGCCCCACAUGCCACCAUGCCCCACAUGCCACCAUGCCUCACAUGCCACCAUGCCCCACAUGCCACCAUGCCUCACAUGCCACCAUGCCCCACAUGCCACCAUGCCCCACAUGCCACCAUGCCCCACAUGCCACCAUGCCUCACAUGCCACCAUGCCCCACAUGCCACCAUGCCUCACAUGCCACCAUGCCCCACAUGCCACCAUGCCCCACAUGCCACCAUGCCCCACAUGCCACCAUGCCCCACAUGCCACCAUGCCUCACAUGCCACCAUGCCCCACAUGCCACCAUGCCCCACAUGCCACCAUGCCCCACAUGCCACCAUGCCCCACAUGCCACCAUGCCCCACAUGCCACCAUGCCUCACAUGCCACCAUGCCCCACAUGCCACCAUGCCCCACAUGCCACCAUGCCCCACAUGCCACCAUGCCCCACAUGCCACCAUGCCUCACAUGCCACCAUGCCCCACAUGCCACCAUGCCCCACAUGCCACCAUGCCCCACAUGCCACCAUGCCCCACAUGCCACCAUGCCCCACAUGCCACCAUGCCUCACAUGCCACCAUGCCCACAUGCCACCAUGCCCACAUGCCACCAUGCCCCACAUGCCACCAUGCCCCACAUGCCACCAUGCCCCACAUGCCACCAUGCCUCACAUGCCACCAUGCCCCACAUGCCACCAUGCCCCACAUGCCACCAUGCCCCACAUGCCACCAUGCCCCACAUGCCACCAUGCCCCACAUGCCACCAUGCCCCACAUGCCACCAUGCCCCACAUGCCACCAUGCCCCACAUGCCACCAUGCCCCACAUGCCACCAUGCCCCACAUGCCACCAUGCCCCACAUGCCACCAUGCCCCACAUGCCACCAUGCCCCACAUGCCACCAUGCCCCACAUGCCACCAUGCCCCACAUGCCACCAUGCCCCACAUGCCACCAUGCCCCACAUGCCACCAUGCCCCACAUGCCACCAUGCCCCACAUGCCACCAUGCCCCACAUGCCACCAUGCCCCACAUGCCACCAUGCCCCACAUGCCACCAUGCCCCACAUGCCACCAUGCCCCACAUGCCACCAUGCCUCACAUGCCACCAUGCCCCACAUGCCACCAUGCCCCACAUGCCACCAUGCCCCACAUGCCACCAUGCCCCACAUGCCACCAUGCCCCACAUGCCACCAUGCCAUGCCCCACAUGCCACCAUGCCCCACAUGCCACCAUGCCCCACAUGCCACCAUGCCCCACAUGCCACCAUGCCCCACAUGCCACCAUGCCCCACAUGCCACCAUGCCCCACAUGCCACCAUGCCCCACAUGCCACCAUGCCCCACAUGCCACCAUGCCCCACAUGCCACCAUGCCCCACAUGCCACCAUGCCCCACAUGCCACCAUGCCCCACAUGCCACCAUGCCCCACAUGCCACCAUGCCCCACAUGCCACCAUGCCCCACAUGCCACCAUGCCCCACAUGCCACCAUGCCCCACAUGCCACCAUGCCCCACAUGCCACCAUGCCCCACAUGCCACCAUGCCCCACAUGCCACCAUGCCCCACAUGCCACCAUGCCCCACAUGCCACCAUGCCCCACAUGCCACCAUGCCCCACAUGCCACCAUGCCCCACAUGCCACCAUGCCCCACAUGCCACCAUGCCCCACAUGCCACCAUGCCCCACAUGCCACCAUGCCCCACCCACAUGCCACCAUGCCCCACAUGCCACCAUGCCCCACAUGCCACCAUGCCCCACAUGCCACCAUGCCCCACAUGCCACCAUGCCCCACAUGCCACCAUGCCCCACAUGCCACCAUGCCCCACAUGCCACCAUGCCCCACAUGCCACCAUGCCCCACAUGCCACCAUGCCCCACAUGCCACCAUGCCCCACAUGCCACCAUGCCCCCACAUGCCACCAUGCCCCACAUGCCACCAUGCCCCACAUGCCACCAUGCCCCACAUGCCACCAUGCCCCACAUGCCACCAUGCCCCACAUGCCACCAUGCCCCACAUGCCACCAUGCCUCACAUGCCACCAUGCCCCACAUGUCACCAUGCCCCACAUGCCACCAUGCCUCACCUCCUCUUGUCUGCAUCGCUGUCAUCAUCCUGCUUGCGCUGCCACCAGGUCACCCAGGGGCGAUCGCCAUGGGGAGAGACCGAGGGAGGGAGUGA